CCGAGCAGCUCCGCCCCUGGCUAGGACCAGGCUUGCUCCUACUGAGCCCCCCACCCCCUUCUGGCACAGCUCCCCUGCUCUCGCUGCAGCCAGGAGAAGGCGGCAGCCCCGGCGCCCCAGGCCCCGCCCGCCCAGGGCCCUUCCCGGGAGGCCGGGAGACCUGCUCCUCCUGGCCCUCCGUGGGUGAGUGCUGGCGGCCGGCGGCGGGUGGGGCCUCCGCGGGCGGAGGCACCGGGAGCGGGGGCGACGCCUGUCAACGCUCCAGGCCUAGCAGGAGGACUCGCCAACAUCCCUGCUCCUGUGCUCGGCCCUGGGCGGGCGUGCCGGUGGCUGCUCCCACUUCUGGGCCUGUGCUGGGGGCCGCCCUGGGGCUCUGCUAUCUUGGCACUGCAGACCCGGCACGCAGAGUAGCGGACUAGGCUCUCUCCUCGAGGGCAGAAUCUUUGGGCGGAAGCUGGCUGGUUGACUCACAGCGGCCACGGCCAUGCCCACCUGGCCCUGGGGGCUGCUGCUGACCGCGGGCACGCUCUCCGCUGCCCUGAACCCAGGGCUGCCCGCCUCUGCCGACCCCUGCUAUGAUGAGGCGGGGGAGCCUCGCUGUUGUAUUCCUGGCCUAGUGAACGCUGCUCUGGGCCGAGAGGUGCUAGCGUCCAGCACGUGCGGGAGGUCGGCCAAUCGCGUCUGCGAUUCCUCGGACCCGCAGCGGGCACACUCUGCAGACCUCCUGACCUCUGCUCCGGGCACUGCAAGUCCUCUCUGUUGGCGCUCAGAUCUGCUGCAACGGGUACCUUUCAACGUAACCCUCACUGUGCCCUUGGGGAAGGCUUUUGAGCUGGUCUUCGUGAGCCUGCGCUUCUGCUCAGCUCCGCCAACCUCGGUGGCCCUGCUUAAGUCGCAGGACCAUGGCCGCAGCUGGGUCCCCCUGGGCUUCUUCUCUUCCAGCUGUAGCCUGGACUAUGGCCGUUCGCCUGCUCCUGCUGAUGGCCCCGCUGGUCCAGGGCCAGAAGCCCUCUGCUUCCCAGCCCCCCAGGCUCAGCCCGAUGGUGGAGGCCUUCUGGCUUUCAGUGUACAGGAUGGCAGCCCACAGGGCCUGGAUCUGGACAACAGCCCCGUGCUCCAAGACUGGGUGACUGCCACAGAUAUUCGCAUAGUACUCACAAGGCCCGCCAUUCGGGGAGACACCAGGGACGGUGGGGUCACAGUCCCCUACUCCUACUCAGCCACUGAGCUUCAGGUGGGAGGCCGAUGCAAGUGCAAUGGGCAUGCGUCACGGUGUCUGUGGGACAGCCACGGCCACCUGGUCUGCGACUGCCAGCAUGGUACAGAGGGCCCUGAUUGCAGCCGCUGCAAGCCCUUCUACUGCGACAGGCCAUGGCAGCGGGCUACGGGGCAGGAAGCCCACGCUUGCCUUGCUUGCUCCUGCAAUGGCCAUGCCCGAAGAUGCCGCUUCAACACGGAGCUGUACCGACUGUCCGGCCGCCGCAGUGGGGGCGUGUGCCUCAACUGCCGGCACAAUACUGCUGGUCGUCACUGCCACUACUGCCGGGAGGGCUUCUACCGGGACCCAGGCCGUGUCCUGAGUGACCGUCGUGCUUGCAGAGCUUGUGACUGCCACCCAGUUGGUGCUGCGGGCAAAACCUGCAACCAGACCACAGGCCAGUGUCCCUGUAAGGAUGGUGUUACUGGCCUCACCUGUAACCGCUGUGCCCCAGGUUUCCAGCAGAGCCGAUCUCCUGUGGCACCUUGUGUUAAGACUCCUGUCCCUGGACCCACGGAAGAAAGCAGUCCUGUGGAGCCACAGGACUGUGAGUCACACUGCAGACCUGCACCUGGCAGUUACCGAAUCAGCCUGAAGAAGUUCUGCCGGAAGGACUAUGCGGUGCAGGUGGCAGUGGGUGCGCGCGGCGAGGCCCGCGGCGCGUGGACACGCUUUCCGGUAGCGGUGCUUGCUGUGUUCCGCAGCGGCGACGAGCGCGCUCGGCGCGGGAGCAGCGCGCUGUGGGUACCAACCCUAGACGCGGCCUGCGGUUGCCCGCGCCUCCUGCCCGGCCGGCGUUACUUGCUGCUGGGAGGUGGGCCGGGGGCUGCAACUGGGAGCACAUCGGGCCGGGGACCAGGGCUCAGUGCUGCCCGCGGAAGUCUCGUGUUGCCUUGGAGAGACGCCUGGACUCGGCGCCUGCGGAGGCUGCAGAGAAGAGAGCGGCGGGGGCGCUGCGGGACGGCCUGA